UGGAUUCAGGCUAUAAUUUCUACAAUAAGCAAGAGAGCAAAGACUCAGAUGAAGAUCCCUAUUUUUAAGGAUGAGGACAACCUGUUGUCUCCUAAAGAGCCAGAAUUACUCUCCCCUCAUAAUGAUCUGAAGGAAGCUAGGAAGUUGAAUGAGAGUAUUUUUAACAGAGCCCCAACCCUCAAUGACAAAAAUGAUAAAGGGAACAUUCUGAAGAAUCUUGGUGAUGAUAAGUGACAUGAUAUUGGUAAAAGUAACGAGUACUUUUCCAAAAUUAAGACCAUCGAAUAUUGCUCGUCCUUCCUGACCAUUGCGAAUAUCUGGAAUUGUAUGAUUCUAUACGAAACUGACUAUAUUAAUGAAGAUGGGCAAUAUGAUAAGUAUAUAGAUACUCAACUUAAUCUGUCAACUGCUUUCUCCCUCAUGCUAUUCUUCCUUGUCAACUUUAGGUACUGGGUCGAGCUUAAGUGGAAGAAAACCAAAAAUUUUGUCACACAAGAAGCAACUCUUUGGACAACAGGGUCGGUGAAAUGGAUGAUUGCAGAAGGAAUUAUAUCAAUCGUAAGCCCUCAUGGAAUCUUUAAGGAAUGGGAAUUUGUAGAGAACAAUCUUGAUUAUGAGACCAAGAUUUAUUACCCUGUGAACCAUCUUCUGUGCAGUUUUAUUUUCUUUAAGUCCUACGCCAUUAUGAGAACUUUAUUCUUGACUAAUAAAUACUCAAUGCCAAGAUCUCAGAGGGUUUGAGCAAUGACUGGUACUUAUGCUAAUGUAGAAUUUUCUAUUAAAGGGACGUUCAAGGAAUACCCCAAUACGAGCUUGGCCAUUACUACUCUUAUCUCAGCACUUAUGUGUGCUCAGAUGCUUAGAAUUUACGAACGCCCGCUUUCAGCAGUUUCCGGUCAAAGAUUUGACAAAUAUGCGACUUCAAUUUGGAACAUUAUUGUAACAAUGUCAACAGUAGGCUACGGGGAUGUGUACCCCAAGACCAUAUUUGGACGGAUCCUAGGAGCCUUCGUCUGCAUAUGGGGAGUUGUGGUUGAGAGUAUGAUGGUCGUCACUCUCUCUGAAGGAUUAGAGCUCACCACUCCUCAAAGAAAUUCAUACACUCUUCUUCAAAGAUUAUUCUACAGAGAUGAUCUCCAGAUGAGGGCUGUAAGAGCCUUGCGGUCUAUUUUCUUACAUAAGAAGAAGAUCAAGGCCAAGAACUUGUUGUAUAAAACAAAGAGGAUUAACUUAAAGAAAAAGAGUUUGAAACUAGAAAUGACAUUCAAGAGACAAAUGUACAAGUUCAAGAAGAAGGAAAGCGAGAUGAGAAAGUUCAAUAUGGCAACAGAAAUCACCUACCUCUAUAACAAGAUCUAUAACCUCCAGGAGGAAUUUGAGAAGAUCUGGAAGACCGACAAAGAAGUCAGACAGAUCCAAAACGAAAGUAUGAACAAGCUCCAGGUCUAUUUUAAUAAGAAGGCUUCCGAUGAUAUGAAAAAUAAGUUUAACUAUACCUACAAACAGAAGGAAAUGAGGAUGACUGGACAGAGCUUCUUUGAGUCCCAACUGCAGACCUCCUUGCAUUCAAACUCUAAAGACGUCGAGGAAGAUAAAGAAGCUGAGUAUAUGAAUUCAGUUCAUGGCCAAAAGCUGCUCUAAGGUCUUAAUUUGCAUUAACAUUUUA